GAGCUCAUUGAUGUCAAGUGAGUCUGCUUUUUUGUUCUGUUCGUUCCUCCUGGUCAGCUGCUUCCGUAAAUAUUCAGUUCACACGUCGGGUUACGUUCUACCUAAGUUUAAUGGUGCAACGCUCACAUAUUUUGUAGCAUUUCUCACGUUGAGAAUCCCCCCAAAAUUAAAUUGGUUCUUCUUUUUUUUCUGCGUAUACAUUUCCUCACUUGUCUUCACUUGCGCGUGCUUGGUGCCGGGAGAUGCUUUCCGCACGCACGUUCCGUGAACGCCCGCGCGCAACAUCCAACCUGUUACCUGUAAUUGGAAGAUGGAAUUAAAACUGGAAUAACGGUGUAAUAUUUCCGCCUUGAACAGCCUGUUUAAAAGAAAUGCUGAAUGCUGUCUUUGAACUGAAGCGGAAGGGCAAACGGAAGGUAUUGCAGGUGUCUGGAGUUGAUCCAGAGGACCUGACAGUGGAUGUGAGAUACUGGUUUAGAGAUAGGAUCAAUCCAGAUGAGAAACAACUGAUGUUCAGGAGGCUGUUGGAAGCAUUCUCUAAACCAAUAACAGAGGUGUACCUGCUCUUCUAUCAAGCAACAUUGUCAGUCUUCUCCACCUUCAACCUCCUCCACCAGACAGAGAAGUCCUCCAUCUUCCUUCUACAUGAUGAGGUUGAGCUGGUUGAGUCUCCUGGUGCUGCUGAUCCUUGUCACUUGUGCAAGGGGCAUUCCAGAACCUUUGUCAGGAAAAGAGGGUGACAAUAUCACAUUCCCAUGUGAUUCUGGGAUUAUUGAGAUUUAUAACGUUAUUUUAAAGGCUUACGGUACUAAUCAGCAUAAAGAAUAUACGGGCCGUGUGUCUCAAAUUGGGAGCUGUACCAUCAUACUGACGGAUCUGAGGAGGAGUGAUGCUGGUUUAUUCACUUUAAUCAUUUACAAGACAUCUGAGAUGGCAUUCAACAAGAUUUUCAUAGUUUCUAUUAAAGAUGAGUUUUCCUUGAAGACAGGUGAGAAUCUUACGUUGGAAGUUUUGUUGCGUAAGACUGAGCGAGUGGUGCAUGAGAGGAUCGGUGGCGCAGAGUUUACGCCGGUGUGGAUUAAAGGAAAAGGGGUCCAGAGUGAUCGACUGACCGAAAGUAAUGAGGACCUGAUCAUCAGAGAGUUUAUAGCCAAUGAUUCUGGAACAUACAGAGCUCUGGACUCAGAUGGAAAUACCUUGAUCACAGUAAAUGUCACAGAAAACGUUACAGAGUCUGAUCAAGAUAGACAACACCAGGACAACACAACAUCUUCUACCUCCACUGAAGGAGAUGGAUUGAUAGUAGGACUGACUCUGUUGCUUGUUUGUGUUCUGAUUCUUAAUGGCUGUUUCUGGUACAAAGACCACAGAAGUUCCCACAAAUAACAAUUAAGGAACAGUCUUCCUCCAUGCUCUUUUGCCAUCUCAAACCAUCUUACACCCCAGGCUGGACCAGCACCAACAGGUCUGAAGAGGAUUCUGUCAACAUGGAUCUGAACAUUUUGAUGUACAUAUGAAUACAUGGACUGCACUGAAUCCAGUGAUUAGUUUGUUCACUUCAGCUCUAGCUGGUAAAUGAAAGGUUAACUAUCCUGAUUCAUGAACUUCAAAGGAUUGAUUCAUGAACUAGUUUUUACUGAAUCCAUUAACUAUUUCACAACAAAUUGGAAAGUAUGUAUGUUAGUAAAACAUUGGGCAAACUGUAAAGAAUUUGUGUCAAACUGUGAAUGGAAAAAGAGAUUUAUACAAAUUAAUAUUUAUGAAUGUAAGUAUUUAUGCUUUGUAUAAUUAGCAUGUAUACAUCUGUUUAUGUUAUCUUGUUUAUGAAACAAUAAAAAAAGAUUUUUGGUGUGUCAGAUUUGUUAAGUGCAUAGCAGACU